UUAAAACUUUUGCUUCCACUAGUUCUCUUUGCCGUCACAACAGGUUAGUACAUCACAUACAGCCUAAGCAGUACUUUCAAAAUUUUGAAUGUACAUUUUGCCAAAAAAUUUUGCAUGCUCCUUCCUCAUUACAAAGGCACAUCUCCUACAGACUCCAAACUCCAAUGCACGUAUUUUUAUGAUUCCCGAAGUAAUCCAGAAAUAUCCCUUGCGCUGCAUUCUUAUGCUCUACCCUCUUCAUUAAUUCCUUCCACUACUUCUUAUUCAUGUACCCUUACUGCUUCACAAACUUCUUACACAACUCUUCCUGCUUUGCCAAAUCCUUCUACAUCAUUUCCUUCUUCACCAAUACCAACGACAGCCUUCCAUUCAUAUGCUCUUCCUGCUUCACCAAUUCCUACAACAUCCUUCCACUCGGAUGCGCUUCCUGCUUCACCAAUUCAUAUGACAACCGCUAAUUCCAAUACUGUUUCCUUUAUUCGACAACCAUCUUCCCCACUACUUUUCCAAUCAUCCAGAUCGCUCACAUUCUUUCCAGUGACCCCAACGCGACCCAGACCCCAAGAUAAUGCUUCGCUGUACUCAGAACAUUUUACAGGUUCUACAAGGGUUCUCAGAAUUACUUGCCCCAUUGAGGAUUGCGGGAAUGCUUACACACGGUACAGCGCACUACAAAAACAUACUGAGUGUCAUCAUCACAUCAAUAUUGAACACAAAGACAAACUGUUUUCUUCUAUUAAUGAUUUUUACAGCUGGAAAACUGAGAUUGAACAGAACAGUAUUACGUCAUAUGUGAAGGACACUGCAGCAUACAUAACAAAAGACAAUUGCUGCACCAUUCAAUAUUAUAAUUGCCAUCGAUCACACAGUCACCAUACAAAGGAAACAUGUUUAAGGGGUAGCAAAAAAUUGGGCAUGCUUGUCCCUCACGAAUUAUGUGCAAGGUGUAUAAUGACGGACAUGUUGAAGUUGAUUACUGAAAGACACAUGUGGGACAUGAAAAUUUGAUAAAAUAUGUGCGACUGGAUCAAAAUUUAAUCAGAAACAUCAAGGAUCAAAUUAAAGCAGGCGUAGAUGAUGACUUUAUUAUAAAAAACAUACAUGAAGAUUGUUAUAACAAAAAAUUACUGAGACCACUGAGAGCUUCCAUAAAAAGGCGGGUGUUACCACCAAAUGAUACCUUUAUAAAUAAAAAUGAUUCAAGAAGUGUAGCCGAUUCUUUGCAUU